CAUCAGAUCCUCUACGCUACGCUUUGAGGCCCCGCCUGAGAGGGUGCUACCGCUUUUAGGAGGUUCCAGCACGCGUCUGCUAGCCACCCGACGUCUACCAGCCCUCCCCCCGGCGUGCACAUUGCCCCUUCGGCCCGCGCGAGCAUUUAUCGAUGGUGGUGUCGAAGCGCUUUUACGAUGUAGUUGCUCUGUACGUCGGAUAUGCAGCCGCCAAGUUUAUUGCCCUGACCGUCGUCAGACACUCACAAAAGUGGCUGAAUCAGGAUGCGCCCACGGCCCCGCUGAGCAAACAUGAAGAGCGCGAGGCGUCUGCGCUUUCUUGGGGGGAUAUUGACGGUCCGCCUUUUCCGCAUACUUACUGCAGUACCUGUCGUUGACUCGGGCGAUUUUAGAUUCUAUUGACCUAGUACAUUCCAACGUUGCAAAUUGACAGCGGUAUCAUCC